UGUCACAGCCUCACCGGAUCAACCUUUGACCUGCCAGCUGGUUCUCAUCUCCCAGUUGUUUGAUCUUAUCUGCAGUGUAUUGCACUGGUUCAGGUAAUAUAAUCUAUUUUCGACUACGCUUCGUGUACCUCAGAAACCAAAUGAGCACAUUUUUACGCCUAUGUUAUUUGACAUCUUGAUGAAACAGCUUUCUGUCUCUUGUAAACUGCGCAACGAUGGCACUCUUCUCCGCUCAUCUUAAAUGUUGAGGCCCGAAAGCUGGUCUUCAGUGACACUUCCUCACCAUGCAUGUGCGUUUUGAGAGUUCACAUGUAAUAUUUGGGGCCUGAGCUGAGGCUUACAGAGAGCCGCAGUAUUUAGAGAAAGUGUUGGCUUGUUUCAGAGGGUUCAACAAAUCAAACAAGUGCGCGCUCCAGUUGCGCUUGUGUGUGUGUGUGUGUGUGCGCGCGCGCGCACGCGCGAGGCGGUGCCACUAUCUAUAAUUAUGUCGCUAAAAGCUCCUCCUCCGCCCAUCCUUAAUCCCUUAUAUCCGCUAAUACCGCGGCAGACAUUUACCAACAAGCACCAGCUGCCGACAACCAGCAAAGUUCCGUGUUGUGGAGCUCCGGACAGCUUUCAGUUCACCUGCUGCUGAAGUGUGAGGACAGACGAAGCUGAUCAGCAUGGCCUCGUCCGACGACACAGAGGGGACUCUGACUCCUGUGGAUUUCAUCCAGCUGCAGCAGUAUAUGGAAUACAGCACUUUGAGUGUGAAAGAUGUGAUUAAGGAGUUUCACCCCGGGGGUCGGCUGGCUCAGCACAGCUUUGGAGAGUGCGUCGAUGCACAGGGCUUCUGUCUCUUUCUGAAGACCUACCUAGAGGUGGACGACUUCCCUGCAGAUUUCUGCCAGCGCCUUUUUUGCUAUUUUCAGCGUGUAGAUCAGGAUGGCGCAGCAAAGUGCACUCUGUCUAAAGCCGGUGGGGUUUUUCUUCGUGAUGUGUCCUGUUACUUCUCAGUGCUGGAGGAAAGACAGCCCCGAGAGAAGCUCGAAUUUACGUUCAAGCUUUACGAUAAAGACAACAAUGGACUCCUCGACAGCUCUGAGGUGGAUCGUAUCAUCACCCAGAUGAUGCGAGCUGCUGACUACCUGGGCUGGGACGUGACUGAACUCAGACCAGUGCUCAAAGACAUGAUGACAGCCAUCGAUGUGGACGACAGUGGGACAGUCACUCUGGAGGAAUGGGUGAAAGGAGGAAUGAACAAUGUGCCUUUACUUGUUCUGCUUGGACUGAAGAUGACAGAGAGAGAUGGGCAGCACAUCUGGCGUAUGAAGCACUUCAACAAGCCGACCUAUUGCAGCGUGUGUCAGAGCAUGCUGCUCGGCCUCGGGAAGCAGGGACUCUGCUGCAAUUGUUGCAAGUACACCGUCCAUAGUCAGUGUGCCAACAAGAAUCCUGAAGCCUGUGCUCGUACCUUCGUGAAAUCUAAAAAGGAGAUUAGUGUAGCAGCUCACGACUGGAUCAGAGCUGACUGUAACUCCACCAAGUGUCAGGUCUGCCACAAGAAGAUAAAAGCUUUAGCGGGAAGGCGUUGUGUGUGGUGUCAUGAGAUGCGUCACGAUGAGUGUCUUCUCUCCGGCUUAGCGACCUGUGACUGUGGGCCACUGAGAGAUCAUAUACUGCCUCCAUGGGCCAUAUACGCCGUCUCAAAGGAGGAGGACACCAGCUUGUUAAAUGUCACUCCUGAUGGCCAUGUCCUACAGAUUGUUCCAAUUCCAGACACCCACCCUCUGCUGGUGUUCGUAAACCCAAAAAGUGGCGGAAAGCAGGGUGAACGAGUGCUCAGGAAGUUUCAGUACCUGCUGAACCCGCGUCAAGUCUACAACCUCUCCAACGGGGGUCCUGCUCCAGGACUACACUUCUUUCGCAAUCUGCACCAGUACAGGAUCUUGGCUUGUGGAGGAGACGGCACCGUCGGGUGGCUCCUGGAUGCUAUAGACAAAGAAGACCUCCAGGUGCGUCCUCCAGUAGCUGUCCUGCCUCUGGGCACUGGGAAUGACCUGGCUCGCUGUCUACGCUGGGGAGGAGGCUACGAAGGAACAGGCUUGACAGAGAUCCUGAAGGAGGUCGAAGCUAGCGAACUGGUUCUCAUGGACCGCUGGCGCAUCCAGGUGAUACCGGACGACCCCACAGAGGCAGGAGACCCUGUGCCCUACGAGAUCAUCAACAACUACUUCUCCAUUGGAGUGGACGCCUCUAUUGCUCAUCGCUUCCACUCCAUGAGAGAGAAACACCCCCAGAGGUUCAACAGCAGAAUGAAGAACAAACUUUGGUAUUUUGAAUUUGCCACUUCUGAGACCAUCUCCGCCUCCUGCAAGAAUGUGAAGAACUCUUUUACAAUUGAGUGUUGUGGGAGACCUCUGGACCUGAGCAGCAUGUCCCUGGAGGGCAUAGCUGUCCUCAACAUACCCAGCAUGCACGGAGGCUCCAACCUCUGGGGCGAGUCCAAGAAACCUGAGGGUGUGCCAAACGUGGAGUCCAGUGAAGUCAUCACUGACCCUGAACUGCUAAAAACAAUCUCACAAGAUAUAAGUGAUAAGCGUCUGGAGGUGGUGGGGCUGGAAGGAGUCAUAGAGAUGGGGCAGAUCUACACUGGACUGAAGAGUGCCGGGCACAGACUGGCGCAGACUUCCCAAAUUACCAUCAGGACCAUCAAACCCCUGCCCAUGCAGAUCGAUGGGGAGCCCUGGAUGCAGCCUCCAUGUACUAUCCACAUCUCUCACAAGAACCAAGCUAACAUGCUGAUGGCUGCGGCAACAAAACCAUCCGGCUUCUUUCAUCUCAAGUAGAUUUCAUGUUUCCACUGUGUUGUCCGUUACAGCAGACCACCUGUACUAUUCUGAAAAAUGAUGCAGGAUGCGUAUUUAAAAGAGAUAAUCCAUCGCUGAGUGUGUAAUUGUGUGUUUUUAUUGUUAGGUAUUAGCGUGUAUGUAUGUUUAGAUUAUUUCAGACACUUUAGGCAGAGAUCACACUGACAGACCAAAACAAAAGUGCACACUCAGUUUGAUCGCUGCUAUUGUGUGCCAACUAAAUGUAACACAUUCAUAUUUUGUUAUUGUAAAUAUAAGAACAGAGCAUGUUGUGUUUCAACACUAUAUGGAUACGAUAGCUUAUUACUUAGAGUAGUUCCCUGUUUCAUGUGUACUUCCUGGUGCAGCUGGUGAUAAAGCGACCAGCUUCGUUCAGCCUUCAGAAGCUCACUAACCUCGUCCAACAACACUUUCUUACCUGUGUGUUCUCCUGUCCGUCAGUGUCACUGUUCAUCCAACUGGAAAAAAAAGUAUUUAUCAAGUCAGUGUUUUUAGUGUUUCUGAAAUAGGCUGAAGAAAUAACAAGAGAAACACUUAUUGGUCUGUGACUGAAUGUGGUUUUAUAAAAUUUGCUUUUCAUUAGAAAUGAGUCUUGAAAGCACUUGGCUGAGAGGCUUUGAUAUAGCUCCACUGACUUUAGUAUCAGCAACAGCUUCCUAGUGUAUCAGACAGGAGUAAUGUUAGUUAUGUUUUCAAUGUAUGUCUUUGCAUCAUCUUCUAAAGGAAACAUAUUAUGCUAACUUUUCAGGUCCAUUACUGCUGUAAUGUAUCCCCCCCCCAAUCUAAAAAAACUGUUUAGCUCCUGUCUCUUCCACUUAGCUUCACCUCUACCGUGAAUAUAGAUAUAAGGCAUGCAAAUAUCACUCUGUGAUGUCAUACAGUUGCAGAAAUGAAGGCAGGACUACUGACAAGGCAUUUUGUACACUUCAGGAGCAGUGUAUUCUGUGGUAGAGAAGAGCUCCUGUUGGCAUCGACUUUGAUCUUUUCAACUUUCACGAUCUUUUACAUGCACAAAAAAUGGAAUAAAACACUGGAAAGGAAGGGAAAAGGAAAAAGGCAUAAUAGGUGUCCUUUGAAUUACAUUCCGACAUUGAUUAAGAAUGGUCAUGCAAAUAAGAUAUGAAUGUUAUGUGACAGGAGAAAUGUUUGAUAAAUAUGCUAAGCUUUUAUGAUUUUGUUUCAGCGAUGUGCGUAAUGUGUCAACUUUUCAUUGUACUUGUAUACACAUGGCAUUCUUUUAUGUUCAUUUAUUUUCUUGUCUAAAUGUAAAAUUGUGUAAUUGUCCUUUGCAUGUGUGUCUUGACAAUGAUGUGAUGUGCUGUCAUGAGGCUCAUACAGUGUCAAAUUGACAACAUUUAUUGAAUUGCCCUCAGGCUACCUGGUGAAUGGACAGAUGAAGGAAAUGAUUACAAACUGUUUCUCCAAAUCAGGUUUUUGUUUAAAAAGGAAUAGGAUGUACAUUUGUCUCAUUGUAAUACACUGUCUGACUUUCAAGCAGCUAAAUAUUAAGCUCUUAAAGGAGUUGUUACAGUGGAAUGAGGCAGUGUUCAUCAGAGGGAUAUAAAAACCCUAGUUUUCAUCAAAGUCUUGCACUAUUUUAAAGGACAAAUGGCAGCAUACCUUAAAGACUACGGAUCUCAGUAAUAUGCCGCUUAAACGCUGCUUACAGCAAUGUAGAAAAAUUUGCCUGUUAAAACUUGUAUGACAUGUACUCUCAUGCUUGUCUGUCAGAAAGAAUGUUUAUCAGCACUGAACAAUGCUCAUAUUUCAAAGUA